GCAGGCCCAAAUUUAUCAUGCUCUUUUAGCCUUUUUCUCCCCCAAUGCUCCUCCUCCUCUUCUAGGACUAAAACUGUUCUUCUCCAGUUCUCUCUCUCUGCACAAAAUUCACCCUUUUUUUCUCAAAUUCUCAGAAGGAAUCGAUUUUAUAUUUAAGAAGUUCUGUGUAAGGCUUGGUGAAGUGUGCCGAAGCCCUGAAGUUAUGUACAACACGAAGUGGAGGACGCAUUGUUUAGCUGACGCCUAAAUGCCAAGCGUUAAGGUUCACUGAUCGAUUUGGCAGUUGCUAUUAAAUCCACACGCACACAAAAAAAACAAUGCCGAGCAAUCCAAAAGUUGUGAAAGCAUUUCGUGCUAUGAAAAAUAUUGGAAUCUCCCCAGAAAAGGUGAAACCAGUCUUAAAGGACCUUCUUAAAUUGUACGACAAGAACUGGGAGCUUAUUGAAGAAGAGAAUUACAGAGUACUUGCAGAUGCUAUAUUCGAGAAAGAGGAGGCAGAAGCAACAGAAAGUCAGAAGCCUGAGAAUAUUGUACAAGUUCUAUUUUGGUUCCCUGUGUUUUAUCAAGAGGAGGUUUUGGAGGAAGAAGCAGCAGAUGAGGAGCCUGAAAGACCCUUAAAGAGAUUGCGAUCAAGACACCAGGAAGUUCAUUCUAGUUCUAUUUCAGCUGGGACUUCAUUCAAGAAAGUGGAGGAGCAAGCUGAACUACCUGGAACUAAUUCCCAGGGUUGCUCACAAGGCCCUGAGCUAAAUAAUAGAAAUGCAGCAGCUGAGUCUCAGUCUGUUCCAUGUCUGACAUAUGUUAGAAAGGAAGGAAAACAACCAGUCUCACCUAAUAGUGCUGACAGAUUGGAAAAUAAUGCUAUUUCUCGGAAGAAUCGUCUCAAGGGGAAGGAAACUCAAACACCUCAAAUCAUAUCCAAGGAGAAAGGUUUAGUCCUUGGGAAAGCUUCUCGUGCUUCAAUCCUCAAAAAGCCGAAGACUGAACCUGACAUUGAAAUUUUGGGUACUCAUGAUCUCAUCAAGCCUAAGGAUGAACCACAUACUGUUGAUAUGCCACAGCUUGAGGUUCCUCUUGCUGUUAUUCACCCUGAGCCAUCAAAUGACAAAGGUUCUUCAAAUGGUAAUGCCUCAAGAAAGCAGCCAGACACUUCUGAAACCUCAGCAGCAGAGCUGAGAGGCGGAAGAGAAGCAGAUAAGGACAUUCCAACUUUUUCAAAUGGACUGGUAACAAGUCAUGAACUAGUAAAGCCGCAGAAUCAGUGUUAUUCUAACAUAGAUGUUGCCUCCUCAACUUUUGGAGAGGUUAAACUCUCUAUAAAUUGUGACGCGGCUCUUGGUAGAUCAGACUUCCAUUUGCCUAGUCUAGAGGCUGUUGUGAAGUUGGUGGAGGAUAAAUGCCUUAAACCAUUCAAAAUCCUGGACCCUAACUUUUCUGUGCCGAAGCUAAUGAAAGACAUGUGUGAGUGCUUUUUGGAACUGGGAACUCAGUACAAUCAUGAAUUGCAAGAGACUGCAAAGGUGGAUGCAGAAAAUGAUAUUGGUUAUAGAAGUAUGGCCCUAGUUUCUCCAAAUGGAUCUAUAAAUUUAGAACUUGAUUCUGGGGAGGAUCAACCAGAGAAAUCACAGCUACCCCUUCCUUGUAAUGGUCACACCAAUAGCGCCCAAACUGAUCAAACAACGUCAGUGAGGAAUUGUGGCAGUGUUCCAGAGAUCGAUCAGAAUAUACUUGAACAUCUUAUGUCUGAGAGUCCAGUGGCUCUGUGCGGAUCUAAAAAUUUAGAACUUGAUGCAGGGGAGGCUCAACCCGAGAAACCACAGCUCCAUCCUUGUAAUAGUCACAACAACAGCGCCUCAACUGAUCAAAUAGCAUCUGUGGAGAACUGUGGUAGUGCUCCAGAGAUUGAUCAGAAUUUUCUUGACCAUGUUACUUCUCAAAGUCCAGUACCUCUGUGUGAAUCAACUCAAGAUGAAACAGGUUCGUGUGUUGUUACAGAUAUAACCAGGGGGCAAGAGGAGGUUAUGAUUUCAUUGGUGAAUGAAGUUAAUGACAAAAUUCCUCCAUCCUUCAACUACAUAGCUCAUAAUGUGGUUUUCCAGAAUGCCUAUCUGAACUUCUCUCUGGCACGUAUUGGAGAUGACAACAGUUGUUCAACUUGCUCUGGUGAUUGUUUGUCACUGUCCACACCUUGUGCAUGCGCAUAUGAAACUGGUGGUAAUUUUGCAUAUACAAAAGAAGGUCUUGUUAAAGAGGAGCUUCUUAAAGAGAGUAUUUCUAUGAAUCGCGAUCCCAAGAAACACUGCCAAUUCUUUUGCAAAGAAUGCCCAUUGGAAAGAUCGAAAAAUGAGGAUAUUAUUGAACCUUGUAAAGGUCAUCUAGUGAGGAACUUCAUCAAAGAGUGUUGGUGGAAAUGUCGCUGUGAUAAACAGUGUGGGAACCGUGUGGUUCAGCGAGGUAUUAGCCGCAAGUUACAGGUGUUUAUGACUCCUGAUGGGAAAGGGUGGGGAUUGCGUACCCUUGAGGAUCUUCCAAGAGGUGCUUUUAUUUGCGAGUAUGUUGGUGAAGUUCUUACCAAUGCGGAACUCUUUGAUCGUGUUUCACAGAGCCACAAUAGAGAGGAACAUUCUUAUCCCGUGCUGCUUGAUGCUGACUGGGGUUCAGAGGGUGUCUUAAAGGAUGAAGAUGCGCUUUGUUUGGAUGCGACAUUUUUUGGGAAUGUAGCCAGGUUUAUCAAUCACAGAUGUUUUGAUUCAAAUAUGGUUGAAAUACCAGUUGAAAUAGAGACUCCAGAUCACCACUACUAUCAUCUUGCUUUUUUCACUACAAGGAAGGUUAAGGCAUUGGAAGAGCUCACUUGGGAUUAUGGUAUUGAUUUCGAUGACCAUGAACAUCCAGUGAAAGCAUUUAAAUGCCAGUGUGGUAGCAAGUUCUGCCGAAAUAUGAAACGUCCAAGAAGAAACAGAGCAAGGAAAGGAUGGUGAUUAUUUCCAAACAACUUGUGGCUGAUUUCUAGCCUUGGUUGAUCAAGAUAGCUGCUAUGACUGGAAGUUUGAAGACUCCGUGAUUAUCUAGAAUUUUUGUAGGGUUCUGGUGAACUUGGCUUAUGUUGUAUUUGCAGAUCCUAUGGCAAAUAAGCUCCAGAUAUUGUAUAUAAGAAUCUUUUGGUACAUUUCACUGGAUAUACCUUCUUUUAUGUUGUCCCGCACAUUGAUACCAUAGCAUAAUGUGGUUUAGACUAUGCAUUUAGCUUGAAGACUGAGUCCUUAGUUUUUGCUGUCUGA